AUGGAAUACCCAGAUCCAGCCAACAUUCGCAUCGUCACCACACUUGGGCAUGUUGACCAUGGAAAGACGACCUUGAUGGAUGCACUUCUCGCUGCAAAUAACAUCAUAUCUUCCAGAAUGGCUGGUAAAUUGAGAUAUCUCGACAGUCGAGAAGAUGAACAGGAACGAGGAAUCACUAUGGAAAGUAGUGCCGUCUCCUUAAAAUUCCAGGUUAUGGAGAAAGCGGUGGAUGGAGGAAGUUCUCCCAAGACAUAUGUCGUCAAUUUUAUUGAUACACCUGGGCAUGUAGACUUCUCUAGUGAAGUAUCUACCGCAUCUCGUCUGUGUGAUGGUGCUCUGGUUCUCGUGGAUGUCGUCGAAGGCGUCUGCACUCAGACCAUUGCUGUUCUUCGACAAGCGUGGCAGGAUAAUCUUCGUCCAGUUCUCGUCAUCAAUAAAUUCGACAGGUUGAUUACUGAACUGAAACUGGCUCCCGUGGAAGCUUAUCAUCAUCUCUCGCGAUUGAUUGAGCAGGUCAAUGCCGUUAUGGGUGGAUUUUUCGCUAGCGAACGGAUGGAAGACGAUUUAAGGUGGAGAGAAGGGCGAGAUCGCCGAAUGGCUGCGAAGAAGGAUCAGUAUGCAGACGAAAUUGAGGCCGCAACGAAUGAAACCGAUGAUUUCAAAGAGAAAGACGACGAAGACCUGUACUUUGCGCCCGAGAGAGGGAACGUUGUAUUCGCUUCUGCCGCAGAUGGCUGGGGAUUUCGCGUGGGGAAGUUCGCCCAGCUUUUCGCGGCGAAACUGGGAAUCAAGGAGGCUAUUCUACGCAGGGUGCUUUGGGGUGACUUUUUCUUAGACCCAAAGACGAAAAAAGUGAUUAGUUACAAGCAUUUGCGCGGUCGUGCCUUGAAGCCGUUGUUUGUCCAAUUUGUAUUGGAAAAUAUCUGGGCUGUAUACGAUGCAGUUGUCAUUAAUCCGAAUACAGAGAAGGUUUCAAAAAUAGUGACUGCCCUCAACUUGAAAAUAGCCCCUCGAGAUUUGAAGUCUAAGGACAGCCGAAACCUUUUGUCGCUGAUUUUUUCCCAAUGGUUGUCCUUGUCCACUUGCAUUAUCCAAACUGUCAUCGACAUUGUUCCGCCUCCUCUAGUUGCACAAUCCAUACGUUUACCCAGAUUACUUUACCCCGACAUAUACGAAGAGACCGUCAUACCCAAGGACAAGCUCGAAAGCGAUCUUUUCAAUUCUAAGUUAGAUGAUGACGCAUACGUGGUAGCCUAUGUUAGCAAAAUGUUCGUAGUGUCUGGAACAGAACUACCGGAGAACAAAAAACGGUCCUUGACAGCAGAAGAGCUGCGUAAUAGAGCGAGGGAAGCAAAAGAAAAUCGUGAAAACGCCGCGUCCGAGGCAGCUGUAUCCGAUACUCCUCCACCCAGCGCAGGAUCACACCCCGUACAUGAACCUUCGCAAGUAGACCCGACCACAGCAUCCGAAGCAAUACUCGGGUUUGCCCGUCUCUACUCAGGUGUACUUCGACUUGGUUCAACAAUAUACUGUGUAUUGCCCAAGUUCAACUCUUCUUUACCACCCACGCAUCCCAGCAAUGUUAAUCAUAUCACCACGGCUACAGUUGAAGGUCUGUAUGUUAUGAUGGGACGUGAAUUGAUACCUGUGGAGAAAGUCAGAGCGGGAAGCACAUUUGCUAUCAGAGGCUUAGCAGGUAAAGUCUGGAGGAAUGGCACACUUUGUGGGCCUGGUGGAUCCAUUGUCGUCAAAGAACAAGAGCCAGCACAUGCUGAGUGUUUAAUCAACUUGGGGGGAGCCAGUCGCAUGACGCCCCCUAUAGUCAGGGUUGCGUUGGAACCUACAUAUCCAGCCGAUAUGCCUAAACUAAUCGCUGGCCUAAAACUACUGAGCCAAGCCGACCCAUGCGUCGAAACAUUUCAGCAACAAACAGGGGAGCAUGUGAUUCUUACGGCUGGUGAGUUACACCUCGAGAGGUGUCUGAAAGAUUUAAGAGAGAGAUUUGCUCGGGUUGAGAUACAAGCUUCCCAACCCAUCGUGCCUUUUCGUGAAACUGCUGUUAAGGCAUCAGAUAUGGCACCACCUAAAACCGUUGGUGCUGUUCGUGGCACUAUGAAAGGUGCCAGUUCCCAAAAUUUGAUCACGUUCACUAUCCGCGCCCUUCCUUUACCGGCCGACAUACUGCAGUUUCUUCUGCAGAACCUUGCAAUUUUGAAAUCGCUGCAACAGAUGGCAGAGUUGAAGGAAGGAUUAGAUAUUGACGGAGACGACUACGAUGAGGUUGGAGAUGUUGGCAUUCAAGGUGACAUCCUUCAAAAACCGACCGUCAAGCCGAGUGAAUUUUGGACGGUCUUAGAGGAGAAGUGCAAGGAGGCCGGAGGGGAAUGGGCCAAUAUUGUUGAUAAGAUAUGGGCCUUUGGCCCGCAAGGAGCUGGGGGGUGCGUCCUCGUUGACGCACGAAAGGAUAGCGCCUCUGUGUCGCUAAGGCGUCGAUUAGAGAAGACAAAAAUAGAGGCCGCAAGCUCACGGGCAGCACGUUCUGACUUUGAUUUUACCGGACAUCUGGAGACUGGAUUCCAGCUUGCUACUUUUCAGGGGCCCCUGUGUGCAGAGCCCAUGGAGGGUCUUGCCUAUUUCGUUGAAAGCUUGGUCGUGGAUGAGGAGGGUGUGGGGAAAGAAAUUGUGCAAAAUAGGAUUACACAAGUAAACGGCUCUGUAAUAUCAGCAGUUAGAGAUGCUUGCAGGAACGGUCUACUCGACUGGUCACCAAGGUUGAUGUUGGCAAUGUAUUCGUGCGAUAUUCAAGCUUCAACGGAUGUUCUUGGAAAGGUGUAUGGAGUGGUUGCUAGACGGCGCGGUCGAAUUGUUGCUGAAGAAAUGAAAGAAGGAACCACGUUCUUUAACGUGUCCGCAUUAUUACCGGUCGUAGAAAGUUUCGGUUUUGCAGAUGAUAUUCGAAAACGGACGUCUGGCGCAGCUAGUCCACAACUAAUCUUCAGCGGAUAUGAAUUAUUAGAUCAAGAUCCAUUCUGGGUUCCUACGACUGAGGAAGAAUUAGAAGAUCUUGGUGAGAAAGCAGAUCGAUCCAACGUAGCGAAGGGAUACGUGGAUAGUGUUCGGGAGCGCAAAGGGAUGUUUGUGGACCGCAAGAUAGUAGAGUUUGCAGAGAAACAGAGGACGCUUAAGCGGUGAAUGCUGUAGUACACGUUUUAAAAUUAGGCUGCGCAUGUGAUGAUUAUGUAAUCUGAAGGGAACUCUUGUUCAGUGG